ACAUUCAAAUGUUUUCUAGUGCUAGUAUAAGAAGAGAGGUAACAUACUUGUUUAGGCAUUUGUGUCAUUGAUAGCAAAACAGAGAGAGAGGAAAAACUAAAAAAAAAAAGAAGUGUAAGAAUGGUGGUAAAGAUCUACGGAACAGGCACAGCCGUGUGCUCGCAAAGGGUUAUGCACUGCCUGGUCGAGUUAGGGGUUGAGUUCGAGCUCGUGGAGGUCAAUCUCGAAAAAAUGGAACACAAAAAGCCUGAGUAUAUGGCUAAACAACCAUUUGGACAAGUUCCUUACAUUGUUGAUGGAGACUUCGAACUCUUUGAAUCAAGAGCAAUCGUGAGGUACUAUGGUGCCAAGUACGUAGGGAAAGGACCGAACCUAUUAGGUCGAACACUCGAGGAGAAGGCUCGGGUCGAUCAAUGGCUCGAUGCGGAGGCCAUCAACUACAAUCCCUUGGUGUUCCCUAUAGUCUUCAACCUUUUCGUGCUUCCCCGCAGUGGUGUUCCCGGAAAUAAGGCCGAGGCCGAGGCUGCCGUCGAGAAGCUCGACAAGGUGCUCGAGAUUUACGAGCGACAGCUAUCGAAGACCAAGUACUUAGCUGGAAAUGAAUUUACUCUAGCCGAUCUAACUCACAUUCCAGCCACACGGUAUCUAGUCGAGAACUGCAAUAUGGAUCACCUAAUUACUGGGAAGAAGCAUGUAAAGGCGUGGUGGGAGGACAUCACCAGCCGACCGGCGUGGAAGAAGACAAUGAGCUUUGUGGAAUCCAGGGUUUCACACUUUUAUCCAUGAGGAUUAGUACAACAAAAAAUUAUAGAUUAAUAAAUUUAAGUUUGAUCAUCGUCAUCUAAUAAAAUUAUGUGUAUGGAGGAGAUCUAUGCAAGAUGCAUAAUUUCACAAUAUAAUGAUGCGUUUAAAUGUUUAUGAAUGUACGAUUCCCCACUGGUUUUUUAUUUA